GACGAUCGCGCACGUGCCCCCAAUGUUGCCCUAAUUCCGCCGAGCGGCUCUGCGCUUUAAGUACUUCGCGCUCGCGGCAGCUCGUGCGCCGUGACACCCGGUUGUUUUUUUUGUUGUUGUGCUCGCGCUUCUUUCGUGCUCUCGGACUCUCUCGCGCUCUGACUCUCACCGUGACUCAUGGCGUUUUCCCUGCAGAAAGAUGACCUUGGAUUCCAUGAUCGGUGGGACUCGGAGUCUCCAGCUCUUUCUACCUGCAGCAAUGCAGAUGUCUUCCGCAGAAUGAACACCAUGCUUGGGAACUCCCUAGACUUCACAGGGGUCUGCACCACGCCUGUUACCAAGGGGAAGCAGGAUCACCUCUCGGAGCUGCAGGAUUCGGACACAGCUGCUGCUGGGAGCAGGAUGCUCUUCCCCAGCGGUGGCCAGGACUCUUCCUCCCGGGUCCUGCCUGACAUUAAUGACUUGGGCCUGGGACUACAUUCUCUCCACCUUUCUGGGUGGGACCGCCCAUGGAGUAGCCAGGACACAGAGCCUUCAGCCCAGACCAGCAGCCCCUCCAUGUUUGGUAUGCUUGGUAGACCCCUGGGAAACAUGCUGAGCAAGCCUCCAGGCCUCCCCUCCCAUAAGCCCCAGGGGGCAGCAGACUUUCUGGAUAAAUUCCCUGGCAUGGCUCGGAUGAACUCCCGGUUGGAUUCACGCUCCCUCCUGGACUCCCGCUGCAGUAGCCCUGCGGACUCUGAGACAAGUGGCUUCAGUUCCAGCUCAGACCAUCUCUGUGAUCUCCUUUCCUCCCUUAGGGUCUCUCCUCCACUGCCCCUGCUGAUGUCCAACAUACAAAAGGAUCCACUGAAGCUUGGCCUGAGUCCUCGACUGGAUCAAGACAGCUCCCCACUGGCUGCCUCACCCUCACCAGCCAUGACUUCGAGCACUCUCUCCAAGCGUUGGCCUGGAGCAUCUGUGUGGCCCAGUUGGGACCUUCUGGAGACUCCUGAUGACCCUUUCAGUAUUGAGAGGGAGGCACGGCUGCACCGGCAGGCUGCAGCUGUGAAUGAAGCCACCUUUACUUGGAGUGGACAGCUUCCUCCCAGGAACUACAAAAAUCCCCUCUACUCCUGCAAAGUCUUCCUUGGGGGUGUUCCCUGGGACAUUACUGAAGCUGGCCUGAUCAACACAUUCAGUAGCUACGGCCCUCUGACUGUGGAGUGGCCGGGUAAGGAUGGCAAGCACCCUCAUUGCCCUCCUAAAGGUAAUAUGCCCAAAGGGUAUGUGUACCUGGUGUUUGAGUCGGAGAAGUCUGUCCGAGGCUUGCUCCAAGCUUGCAACCAAGACCUGCUGCACCCAGAGAACUACAGCGAGUACUACUUCAAGAUGUCCAGCCGGAGGAUGCGCUGCAAGGAUGUACAAGUCAUCCCUUGGGUGAUCUCAGACAGCAAUUAUGUGCGCUGCCCUUCCCAGCGCCUGGAUCCCAGCAAGACUGUAUUUGUGGGUGCUCUUCAUGGCAUGCUCAAUGCUGAGGCUCUUGCCAGCAUUAUGAAUGACCUUUUUGGGGGUGUUAUGUAUGCUGGCAUUGAUACAGACAAGCACAAGUAUCCAAUUGGAUCUGGGCGUGUAACCUUCAGCAACCAGCGCAGUUACUUGAAGGCUGUGAGUGCAGCAUUUGUGGAGAUCAAAACCCCCAAGUUCACAAAGAAGGUCCAAAUUGAUCCAUAUCUGGAGGAUUCAAUGUGCCAGGUGUGCAGUCGGCAGCCCGGUCCAUUCUUUUGUAGAGACCAGGCCUGUUUUAAGUACUACUGCCGCUCCUGUUGGCACUGGCAGCACUCCAUGGACAUCUUGAGCAACCACCGGCCGCUGAUGCGCAACCAGAAGAACCGUGACUCCAGCUAGGCACCUGCAACUGCAGUGGAUAACCUAUUAGGCCACUGCCCCUCCUAUCACUCACAGGGAGCAUGGCUGUAGUGAGGGAGAGGCCAGCACUCUCCCUGCUGUCCCACAGGGAUGGAGCACGAUACCACAUCCACCUGGGCUUGUGUGGCGGGGGGGACACUGUAGAAAGUUCACUAUUGCACUUGCUAUUUUUUGCAGUUUCCUUGUUCACAAUAGCACUAUGCACAGUGACGAGUUGGGAUGACAGGCCCCACUAGCCAGGCGCAGCACUUGCUGCCCAACUGGGUGAUUCAGGCCAGGGCUCAGAAGGUAUUGAUGGGGAAAAUGCCUUCUUGAUUUUUAGAGCAUUUUUUUUUCCCUCAGUUUUCCAUGCCUUGCAUAUUGCCAAAGGAUCAUGCAGGCUUCAUUGCCUUUCACAUUGGGGAAUGCCAUACAGUGCCUUUUUCAAUUGGGUUUUUGUCCCUUCAGUAGGCCUGCCUUAUUUCUCUGGCAACCCACUGGUGUUUUACUUUGCAACUGGUUUAAAUGAGGCCCAACUCAUCUUCCAGACAUUUUUACGCAGUUUUUUACUAAUUUUUACACGGUUUUAAGUCGUGACAUGGAGAAAAAUUUAAGAAUACUACCUGGCGGCUUUUUAAUUUUUUCUUCCCCUUGAGAUUUUUCUUUUUUUGGGGCCUUUUUCCUCCUCCCCACGCCCCCCCACCCAAUCUACUUAUCGGGCACAAAUGAAGGUGUGAAGCAUUGCUCUGCUUGCAUAGGCAGUCCAGUUACUUCCAGCAGCCCUGCUGGAUGCCUUUGCGGUUUGGGUUACCCUUGUGUUCAACCCACUGACUAAUGGAUACAGACCUUGACCUUGGAGAUUAGUGUACAUAGUUUUAAUUUGCACUUUUUAAUUUGCACAUGGAAGAGGUGAUGGUGGUUUUAAUCACUCAUUUUUGUACAUCAACAGAAGGGCGGGUGUUAUGUCUUCAUUGGCUUGGCUUGUUUUCCUGUUGAUUGUAGAACUAACUUCAUGUAUGAGGAGCCCAUAGACCAGGCUUUUCCUACCUCUCCUUACUUCCUGAUGUCUCAUAGCUCUGUUCAAUCUGUGAAGCUGUGUGCUGAACUGUGCUGGUUUUCCAUGCUGAGUCUGCUAUGGUUGCCUAGCCCAGCAGCUUUUUAGAGUUCUGUAAGUCUACCUCAUUGUUUGCAAACUCUGCUGCAGUUACCUACAGAUGUGGAGUAUGUUCUGAUUGGGCACAAUAAAAGUGGUGAAG